CAUGGGCCUCGUUCCAGUCCACCAACCAGCAGCAAGAGCGGGUCUGGGGGCGGGAGGCCAGAGCAGCUGUCAGGCCAAAGUCCGGCGAGCUACGAGCGGCUGGGCUGUUGGAGGAAGUGCGGCGCCGGGCCGGGCCCUGGAGAUGGUCCCUGGCGCCGCGGGCUGGUGUUGUCUCGUUCUUUGGCUCCCCGCUUGCGUCGCGGCCCACGGCUUACGCAUCCAUGAUUAUUUGUACUUUCAAGUGCUGAGUCCUGGGGACAUUCGAUACAUCUUCACAGCCACACCUGCCAAGGACUUUGGUGGUAUCUUUCACACAAGGUAUGAGCAGAUUCACCUUGUCCCUGCUGAACCUUCAGAGGCCUGCGGGGAACUCAGCAACGGUUUCUUCAUCCAGGACCAGAUCGCUCUGGUGGAGAGGGGGGGCUGCUCCUUCCUCUCCAAGACCCGGGUGGUGCAGGAGCACGGCGGGCGGGCGGUGAUCAUCUCUGACAACGCAGUUGACAAUGACAGCUUCUACGUGGAGAUGAUCCAGGACAGUACCCAGCGCACAGCUGACAUCCCCGCCCUCUUCCUGCUCGGCCGAGAUGGCUACAUGAUCCGCCGCUCCUUGGAACAGCAUGGGCUGCCAUGGGCCAUCAUUUCCAUCCCAGUCAAUGUCACCAGCAUCCCCACCUUUGAGCUGCUGCAACCGCCCUGGACCUUCUGGUAGAAGAGCUGGUCCCACAUUCCAACCAUAAACAACUCUGGGCUGGGAAGGGGAAAUCCAGGAAUCCUGCUGUUGGGGAUUUAUGGGUAGCAUUUGAGGACAGGUGGAGUCAGGUAGAGGAAAAGAAUGUGGGCUUUAACUAAGCUAAGGGAAGCCACAUCACUGGCCUUCCCCAGGCUCCCAUAACGUCUCGUGCUAUGGGAAGAGGCAAGAGCCAGGCCCCAGGGCUUGUGGGCUAGGGUUUUAACAAAAGGGGCCAACAGCAGGUGGUCUGAGAGCCAUCUGAGAUGUGUCACAUCCCACCUGGCUCCAGCCUCCCCACCCAGGGUCUUUCACAGCAGUUGCUGAAUGGUGUAAGAAGCUGGUGUUUGAGGACUUAAUAAACCCUCACUGACUUUUUAGCAAUAAAACCUCUCAUCAGGGUU